CUCAGAGCGCGCUUGGCUCCUCGUGCAAGGGUACUCACUCAACCAACGGUUCCUAGAGCGGUGCUCAUUGACGGGUGCUAGGCGAGCCAGCGAGCAAGCACGCCGACAGCCGCGAUGGCGGGCCGCGUGGCGAUGGCGAUCUUACUGGUAGCGAGCGGGGCCGCCGCCGCCGGCGGUGCGGAGAGACGAGCGGAGGUGGUGAACACCCAGGUCCAACGCAAGAUCGACGUGUCUACGCAGUUCGCCAAGGUGGUUACAACCUACACGGUCAAGGGAACCAGCGGUAGCUACAAGUUCGCCCUCCCGGCCGAUGCACAAGACCACCUGGCCUUCAUGAGCGUCACCAUGGACAAGGCGGAGCUGGAGUUCGAGCUUGAUGCGCCGUCUCCCGGCAGGGAUAGCGCGGGGGAGGGGCUGGUGCUCUACUCCGCGGCGGUCGAGCGACCCCAGGACAAGGAAGAAGUGAAGAUAGCGGUGAAGGCGGUAUAUACCGAUGUCCUGACGGCCUUCCCGAAGGAGAUAACGCAGCUGGAGGAGCAGAGCGUGGUGUUUGCGUCUACCCUCUUGGCGCCGUCGCCGUACAAGACGGUCAAGCAGACCACUACUCUCAAGCUCGCCUCCCCCAAGAUCCUGAGCAUGACAGAGGCGCCGAGCAAGAGGUCGGUCAAGUCGGACCAGGUGACGUACGGCCCCUUCGAGGACGUGCCGCCUUUUGCCGACGGGGGCGAGCUGCGAAUCCACUACGUGAACCACGCGGCUUUCGCCAAGGCGACCUCCUGCCUGCGCGAGAUUGAGGUUUCCAACUGGGGUAACAUCGCCGUGGAAGAACACUACGACUUGGUGCACGCUGGUGCGAAGAUGAAGGGCGGUUUCUCUCGCAUGGACUACAUGGCCAAGAAGCACGCGGAGUUGCCGAACCCUUCCUUCCGGAAGCUGGAUGCCUACCUACCCGCGGGUGCAAGCGACAUCUAUUACCGGGAUAACAUCGGCAACAUCUCGACGUCUACGGUGCGGCACAACCUCGGAGCCGUGGAACUAUCCGUGUUGUCACGGUUUCCCAUGUACGGAGGGUGGAAGAACGCCUGGUAUCAGGGAUACAACCUCCCCACCGAGGCCGGCUUGCGCCACUCCGGGUCGCACUUCACCCUCGAGAUGCCGUUCGGGCCGCCGUUCCCUUCCGUGUGGGUGGAGGAUCUCACAGUGAAGGUUAUUCUUCCGGAGGGCGCCCACAACAUAGUUGCGCUCCCCCCCUUCGAGGGCGUUUCGGAGGCGCGAACGGAGCGUUUCACCUUCCUCGACACCACAGGCUCCGGGAGACCUGUGGUGAUCAUGAAGAUGAAGAACGUCGUUAAGGAACACAACGUCAUGUUGAAGGUGACCUACGACUUCAACCGAGCAAGAAUGAUGAUGGAACCUCUUCUGCUCGCCGGCUUCUUUUUGGCAUGCUUCCUGGCGGCAAUGGCGGCGGGUCGUGUUGACAUGCGCAUACGCAGGGGGGGGGCAGACGCAGCACCAACAAAGGGAUAGAGGCCUAGAACAAACCAUUUGACGGCGUUGGUGUGAGCGUAGGUUGCAUCAAGCGAAGGUUUCAUCAGCCGUGUCUCUGGGGGGUGGUUUCCACAGGAAGCGCCGACGGCGAACCUGGCGCGCGAGCAUACUUGCGCUGCUGUUUGUAUAUUCUCAGCGAUGUGACAGCAAAGAACAGGGUUCGAACUGCCUAAGUAAAGCUUCGUGGCGGGUGCUGUCGUCGUUGUCGGCUGGGAUCGCGGUGUCCGGCUGGUUGUCUCUUGUGUGUUUUCGUUGUUGUGGGGUGUUCGGCGAAUCCCCUGCGAUAUUGUGGUAGCCCAAUAGGUGUGAUGUCCGCCGUUAUGCCUAACGUGAACGACGUGAUCGGUGAUCCUUUUCGGCUAGCAGGCGCGGUGGGGGUUUGGUUCUAGAAAAACGGGUUGGUUCAUGUUGUGGUGGAAAUAUGAUGUACCUGUUCGAUCAGACCUUGCCUAAUUUAAUCGCGCGCACGGCGAGAGCGAUGUGGAUGCGUACCGUUUAGGGGGCAUUGUGACGUGUUCACGCCACACGAAUGGCACCCUUGGGACGCAGCAGAGCCAGGAGAGCAAUCUAGUGUUUGCAGACAAAUUGUUGGUGAAUGCCGAGCGCCCGCGGUUUCUC